AUAUAUAUAAAUGGCAGGAAGCUAUUUGUCUUGUUAGAUGCACUAGACACAAACACCUGUCUCCUCCUAUUAGCGUACAAGAAGAUAGUCAAAGGACUAAAGAAGGCUGGACUGUCUAUUGACCUAUCUAAAAGAAAACUGAUACACUACUCAUGCAGAAAGCAAGACAAUAUUGCACCUGCAAUCCAACUCCUGAACAACAAUGGCUCAACAAUGACCAUAACUGUGACACCAACAAUCAAAUGGCUAGAAGUCUAUCUGGACUGGAAACUCACAUUCAAACACCACAUAAAGACACUAGUAGCCUGGGCAAUGAAAAAGUUAAUGUAG